AUGGAUCAGCAAGGGCGCGAUCGAAUCGUUGCGCUUCUGCUCGCUGGCUGUGAUAAGCAGAACUAUCAGGAGAUCGUGGCGCUAUUUCCUUCUCCUCGAGUCCUUGACGUCUUUCUCAACGACUACCUUUUGACUAUGGAGCACAGUAUAGACGGCUGGAUUCACAUCCCUUCCUGCAGACCAAGUGAGACCAUUCCAGAAUUCUUAACAUUAAUGAUCGCCGCCGGCGCCAUACUGGGCAGGUCAAGUCAUGCUCAGAAAUUCGGCUACGCACUCCAAGACAAAGCGCGUGUGGCAAAUUGGGAGCUAUUCGAGCGCGACAACAGCAAUACAAGGAGCUUACCAGCGUUGCAGGCAUAUGCCACUUCUCUCCUCAUUGGCACAUGGAGCGGUAACAAACGGACCAUGGAACUCGCUGAGAGCGCUAUACCCCCGCUAGUCACGAUGCUUCGUAGAGCGGGUGCAUUCAAGAAAACCCGAGCGCCACCUCAAGCGCCUCUGCCAAGCGAUUCACCGGAAGAGUUGGAUCGUAAAUGGAAGGCAUGGAUCGAAGCAGAAUCUCACAAACGUCUGGCCUACCAUGUAUUCCUACAUUGCGUCCAGGUAUCGAUCGCAUUCCAAACACCACCGCUCAUAUCAUAUGCCGAGAUCACCUUGGACCUGCCAUCGCCGGCUUCACUCUGGCGUGCUAAGACCUCGGAGGAGUGGCGCGAUCAGUACAAUUUUCACAAACUUGCGAACGCGCAAUUGCCGUCGUUUGUUUCGAGUAUGUGCGACGCGCAGACCAUGGGACAGGUUCGCCAUCAGAUCGAUUUGGAACUCACUCUGUACCUCGUGCUUAUGAGCCAUUGGUGCCUGGCUUGGGAGUACACACAACUCAGCUCGGCAAACAAGGCGCAGGCAUCAUGUGAUCUUCCGUGGGCAGGGACACUCUUGGCGUCGUCAAAAUGUCAAGAGUUACGGCGACUGCUGGACUCAUUCUACGUGGCAAUCGAGAAUUGGCGUGUGUUCGUGCCAAAGGAGGUCCACAUGGUAUCUCAACUGCUGCGCAUGAAUCUUUGCGUCGCGUUCGAGGAUCUUCAGCUGCUCGCAGGGAAGGAAGGCGAGGAAGAAGCUCGAAGAGUCUAUCCUUUCUUGAAGCAGUGGUAUCGUUCGCCCGAAUGUCGACAGGCGAUGUGGCAUGCCGGACAAGUCUUGCGCGCUGCUCGACGACCUCCUGGACUGAGCCCGAACGCAUCUCGAACGGCCACGCCCGAUACGCCUUGGCUACGUGACUUCAACGCUGUGGCCCUCUACCACGCCGCUCUGGCGUUCUGGGUCUAUGGUCUGCUUUCGAAAGCAAUCGUC